UAUGGUUUGAGAUAGAUCAGAUACAGUGAGUGACAAUGGCCGGCUGUUAAUGAUCAAUAAAGGCUCAGCUCUUGACACCUUUGAACAUAUCAUUUAAACUGACGUGCUGGAUAAACUCUAUCAGUAAGGACGCAAACAUGAAGGUCCUAAACAGAGACGAACUACAGAUCGCGGAAGGAGUUCUGCUAAAACACUUACCGAAGAGUUUUAAGGUAUACGGUUUCCUAUAUGGAAUUAACAGGAACAAGCCAAGUACAUUGGAGGUAGUUGUUGACACAUGGCCUGAUUUUAGGGUCAUCAUCUGCCGACCUGACCCCAAGAACAAGCGCACUCUGGAGAUCCGGAAAAAAGUGACAUACUACACCAUGGAUGAACAGAUUUUAAGGAAAAUUCUGACAGAGGAGGAUGCAUUUGACUGGAGCACUUACUUCAUACUUGGAGGAUUUGACAUUUCCCACGCCCCCAUGCUCAAACAAGUGUCUUCUGACAGAAAUGUCAACAACAGAGGCUAUGUUUUGGUGCAUCUUCUGUAUUUGCCAGACAGCAGCCAUCUGCUCACACCAGCAGUUGACAGCGAGCUUGAAUCAAGGAUUUCAUCUCUUAACCCUUCCCACGUUGAUUUGGUGAAUAACACCUGGAAGUUUGGAGGCAACGAGCAGGGUUACAAAUAUAUUGAAACCAUCAUCAGCAACUUCCCGUCAUGCUGCAUCACUGACGGCCAGGGUCAGCCCGUGUCCUGGAUUCUGGUGUAUGAUUACUGUGCCAUGGGGAUUCUGUACACUCUGCCAGAGCACAGAGGGAAAGGCUAUGCCAAAGUUCUGGUCAGCAUCCUGGCCAAGAGACUCCACGCUCAGGGCUAUCCAGUGUACUGCUUCAUAGAGGAGGAGAACGUACUCUCCUACAGGCUCUUUAAAAACCUGGGCUUUAUUGAGGAUCCCUCAUACAGGGCGGCAUGGUAUGAGUUCAACUUUUGAUUUUGUAACCAUUGUGAUUUCUAACAAUUCAAACAGCGCGGACUGUUCUAAUGGAAAGUUAUGAAAAAGGUAUUCUGACACACAUAAUACAAUAAUAACGUCAACUUUUCAUAAUAGCCUACAGGUAUUUAGAGGAGAGAUCCAAAUGAAAAUAGGGUUUGUUGAUUCAUGCUUUGCUUUCUAUCAGAAUUUUCAGAUAAUGUUCAUACACAUACUGCAUUGGCAUUUUAUACACCCCAUUUUCAGUAAUGAUGGUUCCCCCAAAAUAAACAUAUUUUGUGUAAACAAUGUUGUAUUUUCUCUUUUUAAUGUCAAAGCUUCAGGUUCCCUGUGUAAAUUUAGUCCAGAUUCAACUAGUGUUUCCUUAAAUAUAAUAAAGGCUUCACCAUUAUGAAACAAUU